GAAGAAAAGGUUGAAAUGGAGAAUGGACCUGCCCAGAUGCAAAAUUUGGGCCAAAAUUCCUUGUAGCCCAUUGAUUGGAAUUUUUGAAAAAGAAAAAUGGAACCAAAUCCCAAAAUAAAGGGUUACGUCAUUGUCGUCCCCGAAUCGAAAUCCAGGGGUAUUCUUGAAUUUCUUUUUCCCCUGUAAAGUUCACACCACUACCUCGAUUAACCUCCGAAAUCGAGUUUGUAGGAUUGCUGUGAUAAAGGAAACUUAAACAUGACUGGCGAAAGAAGAGUUCACCCAGAUUGUCGGAAUGCAUCGAACCCUUAUCAUGAAUGCAGCGAGUAUUGCUUUAGAAUAAUAGCAGAAGUAAAGAAGCAAAUGACCAAAGCUGAAACAGGUGUAUUGCAAGCUAAUACCAUUGAUGUUCAUCACCACUCGGUUGUGAGUUCUGAUGGGGGUGAAGAUGCACCUGAUGAAAGGGAUGGCGUCGAAGGGCACACUGAUGCAGAUGAUCAAGCUGAGGGAGGGGAUAAUAUGGAAAUAGACUCCUCAAAUCUCACUGGGAGGAAGAAAAAGUUAUUUGAAUUGAGGUUAAAAAUGAAUGAGGCAAGAAAAGCUAACCAAACUGCAAUGGUAGCAGAGAAGAAAAAAACAGAAGCUCCUCCAGAGUCUAGGGGAAUAUCCAAGCAAAAAUGGAUGGAGGAGAGGAAGAAGAAAAUUGGAAAGUUGUUAGAUGCUAAUGGGUUAGAUAUGAGCAAGGCAUAUAUGCUAGAUACACAAGAGUCUGCAGAGGCAAAGUAUAAGAAGUGGGAGAAGGAGCCUGCUCCAGCUGGUUGGGAUGUUUUUAAUCAGAAAACACUAUACAAUGCUUACAAGAAGCGGACCAAGAAUGUUGCUAUUGAUGUAGAUGAGUACAAUAAAAUGAAGGAAGCUGAUCCAGAAUUUUAUCGAGAAGCUUCCAGUCUCCAGUAUGGGAAGGCACCAAAAUUGUCAGACGACAAGAUAGAGAGGAUGGUGAAGGAGCUCAAGGACAGGGAUGAGAAGCGCCAAUCAUUUAGUCGGAGGAGAAAAUUCCAUGAAGAGAAAGACAUUGACUCUAUCAAUGAUCGUAACGAGCACUUCAAUAAAAAGAUUGAGCGUGCCUUUGGAAAAUACACCUUGGAGAUCAAGAAUAACCUUGAGAGAGGAACUGCUUUGCCUGAUUAAGCAUCAGGUGCUUAAAUUUCUUGCGGAGGGUUGAGCAACCGAACGAUUUUUUCAAUGGUUUGGCCGGAUCUGCACAAAGUUCGCUCGUAAAUGGCUGAGUCAUUUAGUAGAAAGGAAUACCCGAGGGUACCUCAUUUAUGUUGAUAUAAAUCAUUUGUGGGUUUUAGUUAUGCAAUUUUGGGUUUUGCUCUUACUGAAGCUAUUGCCUUGUAGGGUGCUGGUGUUACCCGAUUUUCAAAGGCAUUUUGCAAAAACCUUUCUUGAUACUAGUAAGGUUCAUCCAUAGCUAAGAUGUCUCUACUUGUAGGCAGAGACGGGAGUAAUGGGCAGUUUUAGACUAAUGAUUUUUUAAUCAUCCACAAAGCAUUACUUUCGACGGCUUCCAAUUGAGUGAACCAUGAGCACUUGGUCAUUGUACCACACCAUUGGCAUAAAACAGUUCUUAUUUCCACUUUCUUGCAUAACGUUGUGUUGGUUGAAUAUGAAAAUAACUAGAGAAUCAUGAAUGACACACGGUACCAUUUUUUUUCCUA